GCAGGUUGGUUUUCAAGUUGUUUGUCACUUGUAACUUCUGUUUUCUGGAUCAUGCAUGGAUGACUGAAACACAAUAUUUGGACUUCGUUACGGCACGGCAAGGCCUACUUUGACCAUGCUGCAGUGGGCGAAUAAUGUUGUACUCUUGGUGGCAUCGGCUCUGUUCCUGGACAAAUUGGUGGAUUGUUUGAACCAGACAAGAAUGUUUAUCAUCAAUGAUAUCUUACUGAAUAGGAAACCUUCUUUAGCCAACCGGCUCGGUUUGACACACGACGAGGAUGCCCAAACUCAUGAUCUGGUAGCGAAGACCAUACAGACUCACGAGUCACGGCAAGAUACUGAAGUCCUUCGUGACGAGGUCCAUCGCCUCAGACGACGUCUUGGACAGCUCAAGACAAGGGAGGGCCAGGCUCUCAUGAAAAGCAGAGCAUGUCUAGAACGCAAACUAUUCCUGCUUCGGGAGAAAGACAAAUUGGACAAACAGACCCAAGAGCAUCGGAAAUGCAUGAAGCAGAGGUGGGCAGGUCACUGUGACGAGAUGAGAUCCCUGAAGCAAUCUCUAGCUGAUACUCUGAAAAGAAAGAGCGAGUUGGUGUCAGAAGUGGGAUUCCUGCGAAAAGAGAUUAGGGUUCAGAAACACGCCUUGAGAGCAAAAUCGCGAGAAGUGAAGCACAUAAAAAUCUUGAGAAAAGCAGCAUCUGAUGAGGUGAGAUACGCGAAAGCUCUGAUGGAGAAUACUCGUAGGCGUCUGGAAGAGAUUAUAGCCAGCCACUGUCGCUUUAUGAUGCACCGAAGCCAGGGCAACUUGGGGCUGAGGGUCCGGGUAGCUGAGCUGCGUGUCCAAGCCAAGCAGACCAAGCUGGUAUGCAUCAGGCAAGCCUGGCGGAAUCUUCUCACACGUAUGCGAGUAGACAGCCUGCGGGGUGAAUUGGGUCGUCUCCGAGUUGACUUGGUCCCAGAGUCUGAAGUCCUUCAGAUGAAACAACAAUGUUACAAAGUUCAUAAAAUACUGAAAGGGAUGGGUGUGGUCUUCCUUGUAGAGGGGCUAGCGUGCUUGGGAUUCUUCAUGAUGCAGUUAUACAUGUAGGCCUAAUUCAGAAGUAUCUGAAAAUGUGACAUUGUCCUAAUUAAGCCUUCAAAAAUGCAGGUUUAAAAACAAAUUGAAAAGGCACAAGAAAAUGGAUUUAAUAUUGAAACAUAAAAACAACAGACAAUAACCUGAAUAGGCCUACUGAAAACUUUGGUAUAGCUUUUGGACGUUAAGGGGGCUCAUUUGACAAUUUUCAGAUGUGGAGUAUAUUUUUUGUGAUUUUAAUUUCAUCAAAGUUAAAACUGAACAAAUAAUUAUUAUAGUUAUCAACUUUUUAACUGUAUUUUUGUGAAUCUGAACCAUUAUAGUGAAGUAGCUGCAAAAUGGUUUUGGUUACCGAAUCUCACUUGAAAAAGAAUGUUAAGAUCCAUUAUCUUAAUAGCCAACAUAUUCAUGUACAUGUACAUGUAAUAAUUAUGAAAAUGAAUAACACUGCCGAAUACUGCUUACUGA